UUACUGAAUCCGCGUUAAAAAAAAAAAACUUCAUCCACUUCCAUCAACAAGUAUCCCAAAAUCAUACGAGUUCCCUCAUUGGCUUACUUUCACAUACGUCAGGGUUUAUGGGCGGCUCUCAUGCAAAUUUCCCUGCCCGAAUAUGGACAGUGUGGAAUGAAAGAUGGUAGAUAGAGUCAAACAUGGAGGACCGACACACAGAGUCAUGAGAGCGCCGCAAAACUUUUUGGAAAAGCUGGACGCAGGACUACCUGUGUCGAUUUGACCCGCGUUCGUUUCUUCGUCGUGAAGCUUUCCCUUUCCGAGAGCCGAUGGGAGUUCAACGUUUGUAAUGCUGUAGAAAGUUCCGAUAUAUUUGUUGUUGGAGUAAAGGCAGGGGGUCAGACCCCCCUACCGCCCCAGCAGCGAUAUGCCGUGGGUGAGCAGCUGUAAGCGGAGAGAGAGCUCGGAGCUGCCGCUGCCCCCGGGCUGGGAGGAAGCCAGGGAUUACGAUGGCAGAGUCUUUUACAUUGACCACAACACUCGACAGACUUCGUGGAUCGACCCCAGAGACAGGAUUACCAAGCCCCUGACCUUUGCUGACUGUGUGGGGGAUGAGCUUCCUCUGGGCUGGGAGGUGGUGUAUGACCAGCAGGUGGGCGUCUACUACAUCGACCACAUCAAUAAGACAACUCAAAUAGAGAACCCUCGUACACAAUGGCGCCAGGAGCAGGAGCGCAUGUUAAAAGAGUACCUAGUGGUGGCACAGGAGGCUCUCAAUGCCAAGAAAGAGAUGUAUCAGAUCAAACAGCAAAGACUGGAGCUGGCACAGCAAGAGAUGCAGCUCUUCAACCAGCUCACUCAGGAUGACAACCGCUCCAUCACCAGCUCUCACUCUGGUUCCUCUUCAAAUGCAAAAUAUGACCCUGACCAAAUCAAAGCGGAAAUCGCCUGUAGGCGUGAACGGCUCUCCAGACUCAAACAGGAGCUGGCUCAGAUGAGACAGGAGCUGCAAUACAAGGAAAUGGGAGUGGAGACCUUACAGGAAAUUGACCGGAAGAUGUCCAGCAGUCAGACCAACUACAAGUUAGAUGAAGCACAGGCCAUCUUCAGUGAGCUCCGCAGCAUUAAGAAGGCCAUCAGCACUGGCGAGAAGGAGAGGCAGGACCUCAUCCAGAGCCUUGCCAAGCUGACGCUGAACUUCUGUGACUCCAUUAAUGAGGUGACAAACAAUGCAGAAAGCCUGGCUGAUUCCUGCAGUGUUCAACAAUACACGGACGCCGGCUGCCAGACGGACCUCAUGGGAGAGUUUGGCAGCCAGGAGUCUUCUCUGCUAGCAGACCGAGUCAAACUCAGCUGGCAGUACGAAGAGGCCAAGAAAAAGAUGUCCAGUAUCCAGCAUCAGUUGGCUCAGCUGGAUAGUGAGAGCUGGUCUGGUCGUGCCGAGGCGGAUCGGGACUGGGACUGUCUGCAGCUGCUGAGGGAGAAAGAGACUCUGCUGCAGGAGCUCACUCUGCUCAGCCAACAGCAGCACUCGUCUGACACACUGCUCCAGCUGCAGGAGGAGAAGCGCCGGCUCCAGGACGAGGUGCAGAGAGCCCACAGCGCUCAGAGUCAAGGGGCCAACCAAAGGAUUUUACUGCAGGAGAAGAGGAAUGUUCUUAUGAGGCAACUAGAAGAGGCCACCCGCAUCACCACGUAUCUACACUCUCAGCUGAAGAGCCUGUCUGCCAGUAACCUGACGGUGUCCUCCAGCAGCAGCCGUGGUUCUUUAGCCUCCAGCCGGGGCUCUCUUGCAUCCAGUCGUGGUUCUCUGAGCUCUGUCAGCUUUACUGACAUUUACGGCCUGCCACAGUACGACCGAACAGAAGGCAGCUCUGACGUCCUGGACCCUUCUUUCCGCUACCUGCUCCCGUUGGAGAGCCACAGUUCAGGUUCAGCCUACGGCCCGAAACGGUCCCAUGACACACCGCAGUCUCUGACCUCUCUCUCCUCCCGGUCCUCGCUCUCGUCGCUCUCUCCUCCCAGUUCCCCCAUGGACACCCCAUACCAUUCGGCUCCGCAGGACUGCCCUCUGGCUCAGAUGACCGAGGAGUACAUGGAGGUGGCCAGCAGGGGGCUCUUGGCUGAAGGGCUGCGGACCCAGAGUCAAGCCCAGCAGCACACCACGCUUUCUGGGGAUGGAGAAGUGGGAAUCGCAGCCACUGCACACCUACUGGAGGGGAAGAGCCACAGAGAUGCUGCUCUUCAAGGAACACACAGCUCCACAGGAGUGACCUUGCGCUGUAAAAGUGCAAGUCGGACCAGCAGAAGAGCAAGACGAGUGUCUGCAGGGGUAAAUGAGGAUGUUUUGGCAACAGACAGCGGGGUAUUUGAAGCCUGGAGUAGAAGCAGGACAGAAGAAUCGGAAGAAGUCAGUUUUGCUCAGGACGUUACAGUUGCAGUCUCAGAGCCAGUUCAUAUUCAGAUUGGCCUUCUAUAUGAUUCAAAUAGCAGGUUUUUGCUGCUGCAUGUUCUUCAAAUGAGAAAUUUAAGCAAGGCCAGCAUUAGAGAUAGAUGGAAAGUAUUUGUGAAGGUUCAUGUUCUCCCGAUGGACUCCAGUCGGCCCUGCACUUAUUAUUGCUGUAAGGCACAGGAGCCUCAGUCUCUGCUCAGCUUUAAUGAGAGCUUCCGGAUCCCACUGAGUGUUGGAGGCCCCGGGGCCCAUGCCUUACAGUUCAGCCUCUGCACGCUUGGACCCCUGGCUCAGGAGGAGCUGCUGGGCUCUGCUCAGGUCUCACUGACAGACUGUGUAGGCAGCACAGAGAUGCUCUUCCAGUGGCUCAAAGUGCAGAUUCACAGCACAGAGAACCACAGGCCUGAGCACAGACGCCUUAGUCAACCCAACCGCAUCAUGGAUGAAGAAGAGGAGAAGAAUGAAGGCCAAGGCAAGCUAGAGGUGUCUGUGGUGAGUCAUUUGGAGGAGAUGAAGAAAGAGUUACAGAGGAGUGAAGAGGAACUGGAGAGGAAAGAAGAGCCGGGAGAGGCAGUUUCUGAAAGGAGUUGGCAGGCUGAAUCAGUGGACAGCGGCUGCAGUAACAGUACAGCGUUCGUCAUUCCCUGUCCUGAGAGUCUCUGUGGUGAAGGAAUCUGCCUGACUUCCGGGAGGCGCUGUCUCCAGCCUGCAGAGAGAAACCCAAUUAUAAAGGUGGACAAGGCGACCAACACAGAAGGUGUGUUUGCUGAGCCGAUGCGUAUGCGACCGAAGGAAAGGACAGGCCGCUGGGGUCACAGCUCCCCCUUUAUGCGCAGCAGCACAAUAGUCAGAUCUCAGACCUUUUCACCUGGAGCCCGCAGUCAGUACGUCUGUAGGUUGUACAGAAGUGACAGUGACAGCUCUACUCUACCAAAGAAAUCCCCCUUCAUCAGAAACACUCUGGAGCGACGGACUCUGCGCUAUAAACAGUCUCACCGCUCGUCUCUGGCAGAGCAGCCCACUCGCACCUCUCUGGACCUGGAGCUGGACCUCCAGGCCUGCCGGACGCGACAGAGGCAGCUGACAGAGGAGCUGGCAGCUCUGAGGGAACUCAAACUGAGGCUGGAGGAGCCCAUGCAGGGCCCCCGUGGCCCAGCUGACCUCCCACACUGGGCCCUACGGGACGAACGCUUCAGAAAUCUGCUGCGGGAGGCCCAGAGACAGUCGAAGCAGACGAGGCAGGAGCAAAGGCAGGAGGAGGCUGCUGAGAGGAGGUUGAGAAAGGCUUCAAAAGAGGUCUUACAAAUGAGGGGCCAGAGCCACAAAGAGCCCCUUCCUGUGCAGACAUUCAAGGAGAAGAUGGCUUUCUUUACAAGACCAAGAUUCAACAUCCCGCCUCUGCCAGCUGACGACGUGUGAACGCCACACCAUCAAAUAUGAAGAAUCUGUCUGUUUUUUGUACUCAUGCCCAUGAAGUAAUUAUAGAUCAAAAGUGUAGUUAUUUCAGCACAAAGAUGAAAACUUAUUUGAUAUGCAACUUUUGAAAAACAGAACGCUGUAAAAAAAUUAGCGUGUGUAUGUGUGAUUGUGCGUGUGCGCGUGCAUGCGUGCCUAUGUGUGUGUGGUUGUGAGUGAUGGUGAGUGUGUGCGAUAGUACUAAUGAACACAUACACCUAUAUUUUAUGUAAUUAUUGACAUUUUGGCAAAAUGUUUCCUGCUUGAUUAAAGUGGGGAAUGAGUGUUUUAUAAAAGAACAAAGCAUCUUUUUACUCCUGUACAUUGUACUUCUGAUAUUUCGAUGUCUACGCUUACUUAAGGCUGGAAGACGGGAACAAAGUCAGUUUAGACAAAUUCACUGUACUGUAACUUAUUUUAUAGUACUUUUCCUUGAAGGAAAUAAAAAAUGCUCCCUGCUUUUAAUGUAUUUUAUAAAGCUUAAAACAAAUAGCACUUACUGUAAGUGUUUUUUUUUUUUUUUUUGGACGUACAGUAGAAUGGAAAUUUUGGCUGAUUUUGUUUCUGUUACCUGAUUCUUUAAAGUUAUUUACUUAAGAAUUGUCACUUUUUGAUCUUUUGUUGCAGUUGUCAUUGUCCCUUGUGCUGUUAUUCUAUUAAAAUUAUUAAUAUUAA